AUGCAAGGGCCUGCAGCGGUGGACCAGCAGCAGCAGCAGAACUCGCACAGGGACAAACACAAGGCCGUGGUGCUGCCGCCGCCGGCGCGCUCGAGCGGCAGGACGACUGCGGCUGGAUCGAGUGGAGGAGGUGAAGGGGCUGCUGUGAUGGCACGGUCGACGAGGCAGCAGCAGACACUGGUGCAAGGGGACACGCAGGAUCAGCCACAGCCUGUGCACAACACGCGCAGGCGGGCGGGCAGCCUCGUCAAGUCGCUCCCCUCGCGGACGAGGACCAAGGCGACUCCGCCGCCGCAAGGGUCCCAGUCGGCCCAGUCGUCGCCCAAGCAGGCUGCGGCAGAGUCACACAACACUCGCUUCGCACAGUCACGCCGACCCGCGGGCGCCGCCGCCGCCACCACCGCCGCCUCGACUUCACAGUCACCCGCUCCGCUCGUCCUUCCCGACCUCCCACCCGCGCCAGUCGAGUCGGUCAAGCCUGCGCCAGCACCAGCAGCACCGUCCUUCUCCAUGCCCGACAAUGCGCCACCCGGCUACCGUCCCGCGUCGAUGCGGCCGCCCCUCUCCCGCAUCCCCGCCUUCCCGCUCGUCGAUUCCUACGUCCCCGACACGACUUCGUCCGACCGCCGACAUCCUCGCCAACUCAUCCCGGACCAGCUGGGCUUCCCGACGCUCGAGAUGGAGGACAAGGUCAGGAAGGAGGACCGCGAGGACAAGUUGCUCAUGGCGACUUGCGCCGUCCUGCACGCGUUCGAGAACCGCGCGUUGUGCCCGAAGGAGGUCGCAGAGGUCAUGCUCGAGCGCAACUGGCUCAAGAAUGCCGGGACGACUCCCUUUGCGCACGUCUCGACCUGCAUUCGCUCGCACGUCUCUCGCGCAUCCGCCGCCCAACCACCCUACACCCCUCUCCUCGUCCCGUUCGAGCUCGUCGGCGCCCUCACGGCCGAAGAAGUGCGCGCGGUCGGUCUUCACGCCGAACAACGACCGGCCGUCAAGCGCGGCACGCUGUGGUACCUUAACCCGCAGGUCUUUGGGCCUGGCGUCGGCGCAGACGACCCGUUUGUGCGGUGCAGGCGCGAGGCGGGACUAGCGCCGAGCGACAAGGACGGCUUGUAUGUUCGCGGACUCGUACCCCUCCAACACCACCCUGCGCCCCUCCCGCCUGCUCUCGCACUCAGUUCGACGCUCUUCAAUACCCCUCAAGACGAGGCGGACGCGAUGGGCGGAGACGAGGAGGGCAUGGGACGAGGGAAGCGGAAGCGUCGCGCGUCGAGCGCGAUGAUGGCUGCCAUGGGCGCGCCUGCUACGCCCGGUCCUGGUCCCAGCCCGCUCGGGUCCGGAAGCUCGACGCCCGUCGCGAUCCCCGCCGCACCGCGAGUUCCGACCGGCGCAUUGGCGGGACCACCAGGAGGAGGAGGAGGACACCGUCGCUCGCAGUCGUUCGGCGGACCGUCGUCUGCACCUGUGCGGAGCGGGAUCCCCAAGCUCAAGCUGCGACUGACGAGUCUGGACGAGGUGGACGAUUCGGAUGGGCAUACGGGGGAGGCGGCCGAGUGGCGGAGGAAGAACAAAAAGAAGGUUCGGAGGGCGGGAAGCGAGGGGCUCAGUCGUGCUGGGAGCGUCGAGUCGAACGCGAUUGAUGACGAUGACGACGACGCGUACUCGACUUCGUCCCUCCCGUACCGCUCGUCGACCUUUUCCUCCGCCUCUUCGUCCGCCCUUCUCGCCCAGUCUCUCCUUGCCGCCUCGACUCCCGGCUCGACUGCCCCCACGCCGAACAUCGACACCUCCCUUGCCCCUCACACCGCCGUCUCGCCCGAAAUCCUCUCUCUCGCACACAGCUCGGGCACGUCGUUCCCCUUCGCGCGGCCCGUCACAACACCCCUGCACCUCUCCGCUUCCGCACCCAACAUCUUCUCUCACCACUUUACACACGCUCCCUCCCCUCCCGACGUCGUCAUGGACGACGCGCCCUCACCCUCGGCGACCGACUCCCGACCUACCACAUCAGCCGGCCUCGCCACAGCCGUCACUCCGCCCUCGGACUCGCCCACUUCCGAAGACGACUUCCACGAAGCCAUGCUCCGCGGCGACGACUUUGAUUUUGAGUGGGGCAGUGAAUCGUACACUACUGCAGGGACGGGUGCGAGUUCGGUCGAAGCUUCGGCGACGAUUGGAGCGGCUGCUGUGACGGAUACGAGCGAGGAGGCGCAGGCUGAGCUGUUGGCCAAGGCGUUCGAGCAGCAGGCAGCUGUGAUGGAGCGCAGGAAGGAGGCGCAAGCUGGGAGGGAGAGGGAGAGGGCUGUCACGCCUGCUGGUGGGGAGGAAGCGAGCGUCGAUACGCCUGCUACGACUCCGCGCAGUCCUGGGAAGGAGUUGCAGGAGGACGCGGAGGAUGUCAAGGUCGGCGCGGGGGAGAAGAAGGCGCUCGAGGAAGAGGGUAUCGAGGUCGUCAAGGGUCCGCUGGGCACGAUCUCGCAGAUUGGGAUGAGGGUCACGCUUUGCGGCGGGUUCUCGGGCGCGGACGACGAUGACCGCGAGGAUGGAGAUGUCGUGAUUGUUGCGAGCAGGUCGCAUGUCAAGCAGGAGGCGCCUUCCAGCGACCCCGCCCAGUCGACCGACACGCUCAUCAACCUCGCUGCGCACGAGUCGCCGACCCACAAGAGCGACUCGGCCCACCUCGCGCCCCCUCCUUCGCCUCUCCCGCUCGAAUUGUCUCCCAUGCCGGCACUCAACAACGCCUUCGCUGCCGUCGACUUCGAUUUUGUCGGGCACGAAGAGGUCGAGCGCGCGCAAGACGGGUUCGGGUUUGUCCACGACGUCGAUCUCGCAGACGACGAGGAGGAUGGUGAGGAGGACGAGGUUGUCACGGUCAAGGUCGAAGAUGACGAGCCCGAGAUGGCCGUUUCCUCCGCACCUUCGUCUCGCGCGUCCUCUGCCGUCCCAGCUUUCGACUCCCGCCUUCUGGCAGGUGUGCGCGCCGGUUCAGCAGGGUCGUCAGGCAGCGACAGCGACGCCUUCGAUCCGAUGACGUUCGUCUCGCCUUCGACGCUCGCGACCGGCCUUCCUGUCCCGCAGCCCGCUCCCUCGCCGCCCGAAAUGACCGACUGGUCGCUCAGCAUGGACAUGCUCGACGACAUCGAUGCCGAGCAUGCCGCACCUGUCGACCUUAUGGCGCCCGAGACGAUUGGUCUUGAGGAGCUCGAUCUCGCCUGGGCCGGAGAUGACGAGGAGGCUUCGCCGCCUGCGCCGAUUCCCAAACCCUCGCCACGCAUCGGCGGCGGUCUCACCCUCACCGUACCCCGUUCGAGCGCAACGGCCUUCCUCACCGGCUCGUCGCACCCUCACUCGCCUCUCCGCUUCACCUCGCCCAUCCCGUCGCCGCGUCGUACAUCGUCGUCGAGAGUCCCUGUCCUCGCCGACUUUGGCAAGAUGAGCGGACGCGGCGUUGCCUCGCCCGCACCGCCCGCCUUGUCCCGCACGUCCUCGUCCGCGACUAUCUUCGCGGGAUCGACUCAGCGCGGCUCGUCGAACCUGUCGAGCUCGCCCAAGUCGGCUUCGACGAACGUUGUCAUGGAGCCCGUCAUCCCGCUCGAGCCGCUCGUUGUCGCCACCAUCAUUCAGCGCGGCAUCGUUGUCUUCUCGGUCGAGGUAACGGACUUGGCUACGGCUCGUACGAUGCCGCUCCUGCGUCGCCUCGACACGGACUACGUCAACGCAACCGUCCUCCUUCAAGCCGCUCUCUCGUCCCCGCUCGAGCGCGCUUCCGCCCUCGCAGGCCUCCUCGUCAAGACCGACACCUUCCGCGUCCCUGCGGCUUCCGACGCCGGUGUCGAGGGCACCUGGAUUCCUAUCUCAGUCGCCCGCGACUUCCUCGCCGCGCACGCCAAGCAACUCGGCCACCUCUCGUCCUUCCUCGGCGACGACCUCGCAGCGCACUUCCCCGAACCCGUCCCGACUAUGCGCUCAAGCGGCAAGUCCUCACUCGAGCAGAAGGGCGCGAAGGACCCGAACUUUGUCGUUCUCGGCUCGCCCAGCUUUGAAGGCGCCGAGUUGCUCCGCAGGUGCGGACCGCCUGGCGUCGUCCGCCGCGUGUCGUCGACCUCGCCCGCCACGCCUCCUGCUGCCACUCUGGUUCACGAUGUGCAGCUCGACGAGGACGAGGAGGAAGAUCGGUCCGACGAGGACGAGCGUGAAGUCUCGAACUCGCCUCCGCCUCCUCGCACUCGACGCUCGACAGCAGCAACCCGAUCAACUCGUCGUUCGAGCGUGGUCAAGCCUGCUCCUGUUCCGGAGCAAUCGCCUCCGCGCAGGUCGACGAGGAGGCAGUCGGCGGCCGCUGCUGUGGCUGGCAGGUGA